CAGUCAGAGACACAGAUACAUCCAGUACGGAUACGAAGCAGCAGCUGCAGGACCUGCCCAAGUCACUGUGAUCACAUACUGACAGCAGCAAACAGAAUGCAAGAAGCUGCCCAGAAGAGCCCAGCAGAUAAUGUGAAAAUGACCGAGCAGUGGAAACAGCUGAAUCCGCUACAGAAAAACAUAUAUACGUUUCUUUCAACUAACAAGUGCAAGAAAGCUCUCUGCAUUGCUAUGGCUGUGAAGAAACAACGUGCUGCAGACGUUAAUCCUGAUUUAUACAAAAUGAAGUCUUUGAAUUUAGUCGAUCGUGAUGAUUCCAAACACUGGUUUAUUAAACUCCAUGAAAAUGCAGAUAAUAACAGACGUUCUGGAACACAAAAAAGGACUGAGACUGAAGUUGCUGCCCAACAAGAUCCAAGUGGGACAGAGACAGAGAAAACGAGCGAGUUAACAGAGCAGCAGGCCAAGAUAUGCAGUUUCCUUCGGAGGAUAAAUGGGCCACAGAAAGCUAAAUCCAUCGCUAAGGGAAUUGGGAGAACAACUGCAAAGGAUGUUAAUCCUGAUUUGUACAGUUUGAAGAAGCUGGAUCUUAUCCUUCACAAUGAACAGGAUCAUCUUUGGGCAAUCAAACAUCCAACCUGUACAGCCACGCCAAGUGCAGCAGAAUAUACAACAACAGACAGCGCAAAUACAACUCACCCACUGACUGAAGAGGACCAUAUGCAGAAUUCCACGCCAAGUGCAGCAGAAUAUACAACAACAGAUGGCGCAAAUACAACUCACCCACUGACUGAAGAGGACCAUAUGCAGAAUUGGUCAAGCCAGAGAGAUCAACAUAUCACUAUAAAUAAAAAUUACUCCAUUCAAAUAAUCAGCUCUCAGAAUUUCAGCAUUGGCGAUAAUACCAAGCUCAGUAUCAGUGAUAAAGAAAAUUUGGAUCCAGCCCAUACAACAGAAUAUGAAGAUUUUGUGGAUUAUGCAGAUGCAUUUCAUGUCCCCGAGACCACUGCACCCAGCCAGGCUCAGUAUGAAGACCCCAAUUCUAACCAAACAAAUUCCAGCAGAGAAUAUGACAGCGGAAUAGGGGAUGACACCAUAUGGACGGAUAUGUCUAAUUCUCAUAUCACAGGACAGGAGGUGGAGCGACAAGACUUGGCGCUUGCCAAUAGCAUCCACACUGAAGAUGGUUCAAGCAGUGAUUCCAGUUUCUUAGAUAUUGAAAGCAAUUUGAUGCACCAGAAUCCACCAGCACUUACAUCAUCCCCCAUCAUCUCAACUCAUUCCAUGCGAAAUGUAAACAUCUCAGACAUUUGUAAAGGGCUUGCAGAUGUGACACUGGAUGAGCAGGAGAACCAGCGUACAACAUCCUGCAGUAACACAUCAGUAACAGAUAUAGUUGAAUAAGGGGCCUAUAUAUUAAUUAAUAUUUGCAGGAUAUCCCUUGAACUAUAGAAGAACUGAGACUAUAUGAUGGAAUGGGCACAUACACUGAAUUCAAUUGGUUCUCUGCAAUGAUGCUACACCCAUGUCUCAACAUUUAUUCAUCAGGAUGUAGAGGAUUCAGUGUUAAUGAUCCGUUAUGAUUUAUGUAAAGUUAAACUACGACCCCCCCCCCCCCCCUUUCUUUUUUUUUUAAAUAAGUUAUUGUAUGGGAUAAAUUGAUGUUCAUGUCAUAUUUUAGAUACCAGGCCAUUAACGGUUUGUGAAAGACCAUUUCCAGUGACUGACUGAGGCUGUGUAUCGGCCUCCGCAUUGUUAGCACAUGUGCAUAUGAAAAAGGGGUGUGACCACACAUCAAGGAUGUGUAGUCAUGACUCACGGGGGCGUGUCACAUGUCAAUGGGUGUGGCCUCACAGCACACAGCAUCUGCAUGCCAGCAGAGUAGAGCCAGGCUUUCAGGUGGAUGGACUGGGCCAUUUGUCCUUCUGGCCUUCUGGUCCUUGCUGGAAUGCCAAAUAGCCAGUCCGGCCCCGACCAUUUCACAUCACUGGUUAUGGACUUGAAUCAAUGGGCAACAUGUGUGGCAGAGUAGUUGGCAUUACUGCCUCACAGCACUGAGGUCAUUGGUUUGGUUCCCACCAAGACCCUACAUGUGUGGAGUUUAUAUGGUUCUCAUAUUUGCAUGGGUUUUCUCCAUCCUCCCAAAACACAGUACUCAUUGGUUUACUGGCUUCUUGCAACAAACACAAGAAAACUGUCAAUCCCUAGUGUGUGUACAUGUGGUAGGGAAUAUGGAUGUAUACAGUACUAGUUGGUUUACUGGCUUCUUGUAGCAAACACAAGAAAACAAACAAACAAUCCCUAGUGUUUGCAUGUACAUGUGGUGGGAAUAUGUGGUAAGCUCCACUGGGGCAGGACAUGAUGUGAAUGACUAAAUAUUCUCUGUAAAGUGCUGCAGAAUAUGUGCGCGCUAUAUAAUUAUCUGUUAAUGAAUAAACAACUUUUCCUUUUAA